GCUCGGGUAUAAAAGGCGGCGCAUUUUUGGCGAACGGCAGAUCGAAAAAAAAAAUCAUUCUGCAAACAUCAGAGACCGAACCGGAAAAGUUCAAGCAACUCAACCGAAAGGACCGAAAAAGGAAAGGAAUUUUCAAGCGAAAAGUUCAUUCAACCUAACCUAACCGAAAGUUAAAAAGAAAUUCUUGGAAAUUUUAACAAAAAAAAAAAGAAACUGAAGAUGUCGCUGUCUACACUCCUUUCGCUGGUGGAGGAUCUGCAGGAGCCGCGCAACUCCAUCUACGACUGGGGCGUUAGCCCCAAUAUCCGUUACCUGCAGGCGCACACUCCAAACCGUCGCUCGAUUAACGGUUGCCCCUGCGCCUCGCCCAUCUGCCCCUCCUCGCCCGCCGGCCAGGUGAUGGCUCUGCGCCGCGAGAUGAACAACCACAACAACAUCCACUGGCCGGCCGUCAAGCAGGUGGGCAAGGACGGAUUCCAGGUGUGCAUGGACGUGGCCCAGUUCAAGCCCUCCGAGCUGAACGUCAAGGUGGUGGACAACUCCAUCCUGGUCGAGGGCAAGCACGAGGAGCGCCAGGACGAUCAUGGCCACAUCAUGCGCCACUUUGUUCGCCGCUACACCGUUCCCGAGGGCUAUGAGGCGGACAAGGUAGUCUCGCAGCUGUCUUCCGAUGGCGUGCUCACCGUUAGCAUCCCCAAGCCGCAGGCCAUCGAGGAUAAGUCCAAGGAGCGCAUCAUCCAGAUCCAGCAGGUGGGACCGGCUCACCUGAACAUCAAGGCGAAUGCCAGUGAGCAGAAGGGCAGCGAGAAUGGAACCAGCAACGGCAGCGCCAAGUAGAGAUUCCAUCACCGAAUGGCAGUUCCUCAAAACUCAUCAUCACUCGCCCCGCAGCAUUCCCAUUCCCAUUUCCUAUUUAUUAUUAUAUUGCAUUUGUAAGAGCCAAGACUUGAGAAAUAAUUUCAAAAUAUAGCCAACACCUGGUGUGCAAAUUUCA